AUGUUUAUUAUUUUGAUACUUUGCAUAGCUUCAACUUAUAGUUCUUUCAUGAAUUGUCCUGCAGAAACCUUAUAAAUUUGCGAUGAUCUAUAUCAUCCUGUUUGUGCUUAUGGCUCAAACGAGAAAAUAACUAAAUAAUUUUAAAAUUCUUGCGAGGCUUGUAAAAUUUCUACUACACUAUACUAUUUUGAGGGAGAAUGCUAAUAAUUGAUUAAUUUCAAUAACACCUUCACCUACCGUUCUACCUCUGAAUAGGAUGUAUAAAAAGAAGUAACAAAAUACUGCGAUGAAAAAACAAGAUAUUCGACUGAUUGUAGUAAUCAGGAAAAUUUGGUAUGUGGUGAAUCUACUACCAAUUGCUCAGUUUGUUAGUAGGAAUACUCAAAUUCUUGUGUAGCUUGUGCAAAUUCAGCAGUGACGAGUUAUUAUGAUGGUUAUUGUAGAAAUGAGUAAACCCAAUCAAGAAUCAUCUAUUGUCCUCCUAAUAGACCAACCAGCUGUAAUGAAAACGGUUUAACUGUUUGUUCGUAAACUACAUCUCCUUGCUUAACUUAGGAUUGCUACUCUGAGAGCAAAUCCUGGUGUGCAGCAUGUUCCAAUACAGAUGUUGUCACCUAUUAUUAAGGCAGUUGUCAAGACUACUUGGACUAUAUAUAAACUAUCAAUAUCAUGGAGGAAGUGACUUAAAAAUGUAGUAUCGUUAAACCUGAAACUUGUCCUGAUACUGUUUAGGAAGUCUGUGCUACUGAAAAUUGUGAUGAUGAUAAAUUAACUUGUUUAAAGACUUAUACUAAUUCAUGUUUGGCAUGUUAGAAUCCAAAAGUCAUGAGUUACCUACCAUUUUCAUGCUAUUCAUAUUAAGUUAUGAUUUGGAUUAUGAUUAUCUAUUUCAUAUAUUGA